UCUCGUCUCUCGCGAGUCUCGCGCAGUCACUGCGGUCAGCGGUCAGCGGUGUCGCUCCCGGUGGUAAAAAUAAACGCACAGGUGAGCUUGGAAAUUGGAAAACGAAGUCCGCGCCGUCCGCGGUCCGCUAGUUCCGCUAAUUCCUAGAAGUCGCGUUGCUCCCUUGCGCCGUAAACGAGCAAACGAGCUGGCAUAGCGGAGAUAUAUUAAGACGCGUAGAGUUAGAGUGGUGCGUCGCGCGCGCGACGAGGGGGAUGAAGCGACGCUGAAACAAACCCGUCCGUUGCUCCGUUUUUACCGGGAAUGGAUCGCGAUUGAGGACUAAAUGCCAGUACAAACAAUGCCGUACGUUGGGCGGCGGUGCGUUUGCUCGUAGAGCCGGUCUCCCCGAGGUCCUCUCUACCGUACUUCCCCCCUUCCGCGGCGAUCGGCGGGAUCCAGGAGUGACGAUGCCCACCGUAGCGAACUCGUCGCUCACCUACGAGAUCCUCAUGUACCUGAACUCCUUUUACUUCGGCAUGUUCGCCGUGUGCGAGCUGUGCAUGGGGCUGUUCAAGGCCGUGAACCUGCCGUCGCCGGGCAUGAGCAAGACCCUGAUGGAUUUCGCGCUACUGUUCUUCUUGAUAAUCACGGAGAGCGGCAGGAUUUACCUGGGGAGAAAGGGAAAUCUGACCGAGCGUGGACUGCCGAUCCUCAUCGGGAUCGUCCUGACGGUACCCAGCUCGCUGGCGACCCUCUACUUCUUACUCUGGCAGCACUACGUACUCAGGUUGGAGGUGAUCCUCUGCAGCAUACAGCUGAUCCUGCUGGUGUCCGAGAUGGUCAUUGCGAUCAUGUGCCUUAUAACCAUCUACCGAGCGCCAGCCCCAGGGAAAUAAAUCCAGCUCUGUUGCAGCUCUCCUAAUAUUCUAGUCGCACGAUGACUCCACGUUCUGCACUUGUCACGCUUAAUAAUCCAUUCCGAGUGUCGUCGAUUCGUCAAGGCCGAUAUCAAAGUGCUUACCGUAUUAUUUUGUCACGCAAUAAGACUUUCCCUGUGUACGAUUUUUAUUAUUAUAUCUGUAUGUGUAAGAAAUAAUCCUACGUGAGUGUAUCACGUUAUUUUCCCUGAAGCUUGAUAUAAAUUCAAUUCUGCGUAAUAAUUUCAUCACAAAUAUUCUUUAGUAAAAGAAUAAAAACUGGCCAUCAAAAAGAUUUUUAUGCUACGCGAUUUCUCUCUGUAAUCACAAGAUCAUAAAUACUGCCAUUUAUAAAUAUUCUCAUCUUUAAGCGGUAAUUUGUAAGUCGUACCAAAAAAAGGAACUAUAUGUAAUACUAUAUAUUAUAUAUUUCUAUAUUGGAUAUAAUCGUCAGUUGUAAGAAACUUGCACGUAUGUUUGUUGUGUAUACGCAUUUAUAUCAAAAUAAAUAUUUUUCAAAUAAAUAAUACAAUAUUUACGCCGUAAUAUAUGAUGUGGCGUAACACACACUCACGCACACAUACAUUUUCUUGUAAUGGUAUAAUGCCGACGUUUUUCAGAUCACAUAUAUCUUCAAGUACUUCCCAAAUAAAUACACGCGAUAUACAUUGACUAUAAAACUUAUAACAAAUAUUUCACAAAGUCCAUACUAUCUCGAAAGCUAUUAAAAUUAUCGAAGAUGCAUUCGCGAUGUAUAAUAUACGGAAAGAUUAUGAGAUUAUUAAUUACAAAUAAAGGAUUAAAAUUUAA